AUGGCAGCGAUCAAGGCCAUAAACUCCAAGGCUGAAGUGGCGCGGGCCCAGGCGGCCUUGGCUGUCAACAUAUGCGCCGCCCGAGGGCUGCAGGAUGUGCUGAGGACCAACUUGGGUCCUAAGGGCACCAUGAAAAUGCUUGUUUCUGGUGCCGGUGACAUCAAACUCACCAAAGAUGGCAAUGUACUGCUUCAUGAGAUGCAAAUUCAACACCCAACAGCUUCCUUGAUAGCAAAAGUUGCAACAGCACAGGAUGACAUCACAGGAGAUGGUACUACUUCAAAUGUUCUAAUUAUUGGAGAGUUAUUAAAACAAGCUGAUCUUUACAUUUCUGAGGGCCUGCACCCUAGAAUAAUAGCAGAAGGAUUUGAAGCUGCAAAGAUAAAAGCACUUGAUGUUUUGGAGGAAGUUAAAGUAAAAAAGGAGAUGAAAAGAGAAAUCCUCUUAGAUGUGGCUAGAACAUCUCUACGGACGAAAGUUCAUGCAGAACUGGCUGAUGUGUUAACAGAGGCUGUGGUGGAUUCCGUAUUGGCUGUUAGAAGACCAGGUUACCCUAUUGAUCUCUUCAUGGUGGAAAUAGUGGAGAUGAAGCAUAAAGCAGGAACAGAUACACAGUUGAUCCGAGGAUUAGUUUUGGAUCAUGGUGCCCGUCAUCCAGAUAUGAAAAAGCAAGUAAGAGAUGCAUUUAUUCUUACUUGCAAUGUGUCACUAGAAUAUGAAAAAACAGAGGUGAACUCUGGUUUCUUUUACAAGACUGCAGAAGAGAAAGAGAAAUUGGUAAAAGCUGAAAGGAAAUUUAUUGAAGAUAGAGUACAAAAAAUAAUAGACCUGAAAGAGAAAGUCUGUUCUGAGACCAAUAAAGGAUUUGUUGUCAUUAAUCAAAAGGGAAUUGAUCCAUUUUCCUUAGAUGUUCUUGCAAAACAUGGAAUAGUAGCUCUUCGUAGAGCCAAAAGAAGAAAUAUGGAAAGACUCUCUCUUGCUUGUGGUGGAGUGGCUGUGAAUUCUCUUGAAGACCUAAAUGCAGAAUGCUUGGGACAUGCUGGUCUUGUAUAUGAGUACACACUAGGUGAAGAAAAGUUCACUUUUAUUGAGGACUGUGUUAACCCUCGCUCUGUCACCUUGUUGGUCAAAGGACCAAAUAAGCAUACUCUUACACAAAUCAAGGAUGCCCUAAGAGAUGGACUUCGUGUCAUCAAAAAUGCCAUUGAAGAUGGUUGUGUGGUUCCAGGGGCUGGUGCAGUUGAAGUGGCAAUAGCUGAAGCUCUUGUUAAGCACAAGCACAGUGUAAAGGGAAGAGCUCGUCUUGGAGUCCAAGCUUUUGCUGAUGCCUUACUCAUUAUUCCCAAGGUUCUGGCUCAGAAUUCUGGUUAUGACUUGCAGGAAACACUAGUAAAAAUUCAGGCUGAGCAUUCAAAAUCAAAGCAACUGGUUGGCAUAGAUUUGAAUACAGGGGAGUCAAUGGUACCAGCAGAUACAGGAGUUUGGGAUAAUUAUUGUGUGAAAAAACAACUUCUUCACUCUUGCACAGUGAUUGCCACCAACAUUCUCCUGGUUGAUGAAAUUAUGCGAGCUGGGAUGUCUUCUCUCAAAGGGUGAUGAAAUGAAAUCCAACUCUUCUGGAAGACAAUUCAGGGCAUCUGACAUUCAACUGUUGUUGGAUAGCCUGGGCCAUUCUUAAUUUUUACAAAAUAAAUGUAGCUUAUAUAUUAUGGUUUAAAUCGUCUCAAAGAUCAUCAAAUUAUAAAGAGCCCAAGAAAUGUUUUCACAGUAAAAGGAUAUAAUGGAAAAUUUUUUUCAGAGUCCUAACUCCUUACUCUGUGUUUUGUAAGCUAUUGCAAUUUUUAUAAAAUAGAAUCUAUUAUGAUUGUUAGAUAUUUUGUGAUAACUUUUAAUUAUUCAAAUAUGCAGCACAGGUUUUAGAAUCUAAAUCAAUUCCCCAUUUAUCAGAGGGUAUAAACGUAGUAAGACAAACUGUUUGCUGUCUUGAAAGUCCUUCAGUAAAUUCUUGUUGCCACUCUUUCCUUUCAUAAAUAUAGCAUCACUUUAUGGAUUGCAUUGAUUUACAUUACCUGAUAUUUAUUUAAUAGAUAUCUUAUAUUUUACCUGGC